AUGGCACAGGGGCGCGUCCUCGUAAUCGCUGGCUCGGAUAGCUCUGGUGGAGCGGGUCUCGAGGCAGAUCAAAAAGUGAUCGGGGCUCAUGGAUGCUAUGCUAUGACUGCUACGACGGCCCUGACUGCCCAGAACACCCUCGGCGUAGUAGAUAUACACUACACUCCGCCACCUUUUAUUCGAAAAUUGAUCGAUGCAUGCAUUAGCGAUAUUGGUGUUGACGUUGUCAAAACAGGAAUGCUGGCCUCAGCCGAGACCAUCAGAGUUGUGGCAAGGGCUUUGCAGGAACAUCACGUGAAGCUGACUGUCGUUGAUCCUGUGAUGGUAUCAACAAGUGGUUCCCGAUUGUUACCCAUAGAAGCAAUCCGCGAGUUAAGAGAGGACCUCCUCCCACAUACCACGGUCCUCACACCAAAUGUUCCUGAAGCGCUGCUUCUGCUUUCUGAUGCCGGCUUAUCUGCUGAGGCGCCUCGAAACGUCAACGAUCUGAUCAGGGUAGCUAAGGCUGUACACUCUCUCGGCCCCAAGUUUGUCCUACUAAAAGGGGGCCACCUUCCAUUAACUAGAGAUGGCGAUGUGACCAACAUAGCUGCCGAUAGAGUGCUCAUGGUCGAUAUAUUGUAUGGAGAAGGUGUCAUUACAAGAAUAGAGUCUGCUUACCAAAACUCCAAGAACACGCAUGGGACUGGAUGCUCGUUGGCCUCCGCCAUAGCAUCGAAUCUCGCAAACGGACUGGAUGUCGUCCGAGCGGUGAAGCGUGCUUGUAGGUACGUGGAAGCCGGGAUCAAGACUUCGACCGACCUCGGUCAUGGCAACGGACCCAUCAAUCAUUUCCACUCCACCUACACUCUGCCGUUUACCCCGGGUCGAUUUAUCGAGUACGUCCUAGAGCGGCCCGACGUCCAAAAACCUUGGCGUGAUCAUACCGAACAUGAGUUUGUCUCUGGCCUUGCUGACGGCACUCUGCCCGUUGAGCGCUUCAAGUAUUAUUUAAUACAAGACUACCUUUUCCUGGUUCAAUUUGCAAGAGCAAAUGCUCUGGCAGCUUACAAGUCAAAGGCUAUAGAAACCAUUGCAGAAGCGGCGAAAAUGGUGGAACACAUCCAUCACGAGAUGGCCCUGCAUGUCGACUACUGCAAAGGAUUUGGGAUCACAAAGGCAGAGAUGGAAGCUUCCGAGGAGAGCCAGGCCUGCACUGCAUACACAAGUAGGUAUGUCCUUGACAUUGGGCAAUCGGAAGACUUUUUUGCACUUCAAAUUGCACUUGCUCCCUGUUUGGUUGGAUAUUACACCAUUGCAAAACGACUCCAUUCCGAUCCCAAAACAAAACGAGACGGCAACCCAUACUGGAAGUGGAUCGAGGCUUAUGUGGCCGACGAGUACGUGGAUGCUGUGAGGGUAGGGUCUGGUGAGAAUGAGCAACCCUCUCCAAUGUCCACCAAAUUUAACACGUGCAAAGAACUGAUUGAAAAAUCUGCCCCCUUCCAGUCGCCGAGCCGCAUAGGAGAAUCAGUAAAGAUCUUCAUCCACGCAACAAAGCUAGAGACCGGCCUCUGGAGCAUGGGUAUCGUGCCAGGUAGAUCUGGUGGGUCGUAG